CGGACUCAAAAGCAGUUGUCUUGUCGCCGGAUCAAAACUGAUUUUGCUUCGUUUGUCAUAGCUUGCUCUGUUUCGUUUCUUCGACAUUCCAAUUUUUGCUUGCUUCGCGCGUUUCGGUUUCAAGAAUCAGGGUGAGUCGCCUUCCUUUUCAUUUCAAUCACAACGCAAAUCGUAUAGCUAUAGUCAUUUGCAGAAUCUUUUUGGGUAUUAACAGGAAAUUCUGAAACUCUGCUUUCUUUUUAUUGCAUUCAAUUUAGGUGGCACCUCAGUGCUUUUGCAUGCGAUGUCUUGACUUUGUGGUAUCUGUUGAUGAAACUGGCUAUCCCGUUUGCCUCCUUAUUCUGAUCCUGUAUGGUGUAGUAGUAUCCCUCAGUCUGAUCUUGAUAGAACCAAAUGUACAAGAUAUCGUUAAGCCAUCGGUUUGAAAACAUCUCAUGAAACUCAUCCAAGAAAAGGAAACAUUUUGCAAAUUUCGAUAAAUCCUGCCACUGGCGCUUGAACAUUCCGGAUAUUUUACUGAAUAAGGCGAUACCUGUAAAAUUCGUUGGACUGUAAGAGAUAAAACGGUUGGUGAUGUAAAAAUUCAGCGUUUUGCCUCGAUCCCCUCGAGGAUAUUUUCCAUUACGUGAUGCUGUGCUCAUUUUUUGACGAGAGGCAUAUGCAAAGAACAGCGAUUCGAUGACCAUCUCAGAUUAAAUGCCUUCUUCCCAAUGUGGCGAUGGAUGGAACCAUGUUAGAGUAUCUGCUGGUAAUAGCAAUUCAGGACUAAUGUGGUUUUGUUACCCUCCCCUCGCUUUAAUUAGCUGCUACUCAUUUAUUUAACUGGAAAGUGGGGCACCACAAUGUUAAGCAACGCUGGAAGGGAAUGGGUUUGUGGACGUUGCUUGAAGGCCUUUUGCUUCUUGCAAAUGCACUGGCAAUAUUGAACGAGGACCGUUUCCUCACUCCGCAAGGGUGGACCUUUCAAGAAUUUCCAGGAGGCAAGGUCAAGUCACUGAAAGGGCAGGUUCUUGGUCUCAUCAAUGCAACCCAAUACCUAAGGGUUCCGCUUAUCAUCUUAAACGUUAUCAGCAUAGUGGUAAAGCUGGUCUCGGGCUGAUUCUCCCCACCAAACGCAGAUCUUUAUAUAAAUGUCCAAAGGUCGCAUCCUUAAUGCCUUGUCCCUCAUUUUUGGUAAUAUGGAUCAUAUUAUCAAUCUUGUAGUAUAUAGGUUGGGUUGAGUCAACUAAGAUUUUUAAGUCACUAAUGUAGGUUGUGAGGGGAGCAGGUGCCGUAAAUUUGAGAUUGGUCAGUAAUCAACUCUGAUACUAAUUAUCCCACAGUUAAUAUCUCUGUUUUCUCUGUUUCGUUUUGUCCAUUGGCUUAAUUAGCCCGGUUAAAAAAAAUUAGCCCGGUUUAGGCAGCAUCCUUUAACAUUAUCAGAAGUCUAUUGUAUGGUUUAUCAGCAGAUUAGAUUCGUCAACUGUUCAAUAA